UUUUGUAUCGCAAGUGGUGCGAAGCUCAGCUUCGCCUCUGAGUUCGAGGCUUAUUUGUACUUUUUUGUAUUUUAUUUUGCUUCGCCUUUUGGUUAAUAAUACCUCUGUUAAUAAAAUGUUUUUUUUUUGUAACGUGGGAGAGAUAGCUCAAUAUGUCAUAACGCGGGACGUGCUCAAUUAGUUUCAAGUGAGUUUUCCUGUCUGCGAGUAAAAACACCUAAUACUACUCUGCUGUAAUAGUUUAAAUUGUUUGAGGCUUUAUAAUUUUCGACUGUCAUAUUCAUAACUAAACAGUUUAAACGGUGGUCGAUAUUGCGAUAAGUGGCGGACUCUUAAAAUAAUCAAAGCGCUUGCCAAUCUUUAAAGAACGAACAAAAAUAUAUUGGUGCAUGAAAAUAAACGGUAAAAAACUGGCUCUCAUCUUUGAUUAAAUUUGAUAUUGCUUGAACAUUUUGUUGAUACUGCUGCUAAAUUUAAUAUACGUAAAAUCAAAUGUAAUAUGCAGUGCCGCACAGUUUUUAUCUUACACUUAAUAUGAGAACAGAUUUCUAUCGGUGAAAAUGAAUCGGCAGAAAGCGAGUUCUCCCAAUCGACGUAACCUGUCUUAUUUAUCUCCUCAGAUUGGGUUUGAUUCCAAAAUAUCGCCUAUUUGUGAUGGAAAAGUGGAGAAUAAUGUGGAGGUUGAGAAAAUAUCGAAGAAUUUGGCUGAGUUGGAGCAACUGCGAGGUGAUUUGUCCGUCUCCUCCAUUGGCGCAAUGGGAGGAAGAGGACGUCCGACAACGAUUAAAAAGAAAGAUUCUAUUUUGAAUAUCGAGAAACCGCACCUUCCCACUUUGAACAAUGGGAAUGGAACAAUAACUCCAAGCGAUGGUUCCCGCACUCCUCUCUCGGGCGAGUCGAGUGACAGUGAGGCUGCUGCGUACCUGGAUUUCAAACUUGAGACGGAGGACGGACAGCCUGGCGAAAGCAGGAGGGAGAGACUGAACGAGCUGAACAAGUGCUGGAACAGCCUCCAGGCACAGAUGGACGCACGGCAGAUUGAACUGAUGGAGGCGCUGCAACAACAGCUGGACUACCAACGGGUUUUGGGUGAAGUAGAGAGGGAAUUGGCCGACAACACAGCCUCCAUGGACACUCUUGACUCCCUUCCGCUGGAAGAACAAAUUGACACUUUGGACUCCAACUAUGAGAAGCUUCUAGCACUUCAGCCGAGGUUAAUGGAGGUUUCUGAAUUAGCAGACAUGAUUGCUGACGAUGAGGGCGAUGUGGACUUGAAUAAUCUUGAUGGAAUCGCUGGCGGCGAUGAAGAAACGAUGUUGCAACCGGGUCCAAUUUCGGAACUCCAAGCACAAGUGGCAGACUUGACGAAGCGGGUGGAAUCAGCUAUUACUGAAAACCGAGAGCGUGCAAGAAAAGCGUCUAAACUACUGAAAGAGGACCGAGAGAGGAGUGACGGGCAACAGAAGUUCGAUGCGGAAUUGGACAAUUUAGUCGCUUGGUACAAUGAGUCAUUCGACCAGAUCACGGCCGAGGUGUCUGUAACCUUCGACCGAGCCAUACUGAAAGAACUACUGGAACAUUCAGAGGUUAUCGAGAAUGGGAGUCGCAUCCGCAAGAGACUAGCAGAAGAGAUGCUGAGAGAAGGAGGAGCACCCAAUGAACAGGGAAAGUCUCACUUGGAAGAAAUCAUUUCACAGUUCGGGGAACUUACAGAGCUAGCCAAAAAAAAAGUGGUUGACCUCGGAGUGAUGUUGCGUCUGUGCAUCAAACAAGAUGAGGACAUCGAGUCUAUCCAGAGCCAGGUGUCCAAUCUUCAGAAGUGGCUCCAGUCGAGACAGAACCCGCCAGAUCUUCUUCUGCCUGCAGUGAUCGGAUCAGAGAUAUCUGCUGCUGCACGCGACACAGAAGCCAUGCAAAACGCAAUUAAGGCUGAAGUAGGAGAGCUUGAAGCGUUCAUGUCCAAAGUACAUGAAGAAGGCAUGGAGUUUCUGCGCAUGACAAAGCCAUACACAGUGCAAGAAACCUCCCAACUACCCACAGAAGAUGAUCAAGGAAGUGACACAGAAAGUAGCUUCGUGUCAGUGCCGACCAGUUCUGGCUUCAUUGAUCAGUGGAACUACCUGAAGCACAGACUAGAAAAGCGCCAGGCGAAGAUUAUGAGCGUGCUGUCUAAUAAUGUGCCAACGCUGAAUGCGGCUUCAAGUUCACAGAGAAUUGCAUUCACGGAGAACUUAAUAGCCGUGUCGGAUGAUGCUAUGCAGUCUCUGGAGUCGCGCCAAAUGUCACACAAGUAUGAGCCAGAUGCGUCCACUCGUGCUCUACAACUUCACUUUCAGACUAUUCAAAACUGCUGGAAGACACUCAUAUCCCAGGUCAAAUCUAAGGACCGGCGUUUGGACCGUCUCCAGGAAUUGCAGACCAAAUACAUGGGUGCCUUGAACGACGCUAUUACUUGGCUAGACUCAGUCGAGCUCAAGAUAUUCUCUAAUGGACUGGUCAGGUCUUGCGAGGAACAGCUAAUGGACCAUGAAAUUCUUUUCAAGGAGAUGACAACCUUUCAAACUGAGAUUGAGAUCCUGAACGCUGCAUGCGCAGAAGUCAUGCGAGAGAAUGCUAGUGCCCCAAAACGUGAUCAAGCUGACCGAGUUGUUGUUCAGCUGAAGUCCCGUGUAAACGACCUUGAAACUGCUAUAAAGAGAAAAGAUGCUAAAGUUCAGCGAAAUGCUCUAGCAAGAAAGAAUCAACAAGAUGGCAUUGGGAAUCUAUUCCACAAGUUAGAAGAUUUGAGGGAUAACGUAUUAGAAUCAUUGAGACGCAAUGAUUUGACAUCGCUCGACAAAAAUGACAUGUUAAGUAAACACCAAGAAGAAUUCAAAAAAGUUCAAAGUGAUUUGGCUGAGUUGACCUUGAAACACCGAGAGAUGGCAGUCGAAGCUAGUGUGAAUGGCGAUCAUGAGUCAGAUAACAGUCUGUCGAUGUUGGAACGUCUUUUAGAUGACGUCACUUACUUCAUGCAACAACUGGAGGCGAAAAUACUGAAUGACGACGAGCUCAAGGUUCAAUUCACGCAUGUGCUGUCCGAGUAUGGGACAUUUCUGCUGGGAGUGGAGAACAAACUCAAGUGUGAGACGGAUUCCAUGUCGGCCUCGAAUGCAGAAGCUCUUGCAGUCUCACUUGAAAGUUUUAAGGAGUUCUUUGAGGACUUGGACGCUCACUGGCAUGCAAUGAACUCUUUCUAUGACCAACUGGAAGCAGGUCUGAAGCAGCAGUUUGCAGAACAGGUGUCACACUUGAACAGCAAUACACUCAAGCUCAAGGAGAAGGGAGCGGAAGUUGGCAAGUGUCUGCAGAUGAGUGUUGAGCAUUGGGAGAGUGUGAGUAGAGACAUGGACUCGGCCGAGUUGUGGUUGAGCACAGCUCAGCAGAGCCCAGUGGCUAGACUGAGAGAAGACAUGUGGAUCCUAGUGGACACAUGGGAUGAGGCACGGGACCUCAAGGCCACACUCACGGACAUGCAAGCUGACCUGUACGUACAAGAAUCCAACGCUCACAGGGUGUUACAGAAAGCACGCCUCCUGUUCAAAAACCCAAUCAACUGUCCCUCAAUUGAAACGAGGUCAUCCAAGUUCGAACAGAACUGGAACGAUCUCUUCUCGACGGUCACAAAACGACACGAGCAGGUGUAUAUGCUGGUGGAAGAAUGGAGCAAGUUUAACAAGCUGUCCAAUGAGUUGGCACAGUGGCUGGAUCGGGUCAGGGAGAAAGUGAAUUAUUUGAAGACUACAAAGUACUCGAAUAUGAAUGCGGCUGAACUGUACCUUAAACUACAGGACCUCAUGGCGAUGGCUCGAGACAUGGUGUGGAAUGAAAUGACCUUGGAGCGCAUCGGACACCUGGCGGAGUCAGUGAAGAGACAGUGCUGCAGUCACAUGCCCAAAGAAGUGGAGACCAAACUAAGGACUAUCCACACCCAAUGGGACUUCGUCAGACACGAAAUUGAUGUCUUGAAGCACCUGGUGCAGAGGCGGAGACAUGGCGUGAUAGCCCUGCAUCAGCACCUGGUGGAGUUGUCAGUGUGGAUAGAUGGACUGGGGGACACUCUCAGACAGGAAGACAAUGAGUUCGUUCAGUGGACGGGACACCAUGUGCUCACAAAGUUACACACAUUUCAGGGAAUAGAGUUAGACUUAUCUUGGACGCAACAGGACUUGGACCACAUCAACCAGGAGGCGAUUCGAUACUCCCAGUACCAGUAUCAAACAGAGUCAUCGACCACUUAUUCGUCGCUCUCACGUGACAACAUACCCAUGACUUCUGUGGGAACAGGUACUCGUGAGUCUGAUCAUCGACUGGGAAGAGUUUCAAUGGAGGAGAUGGUCGCAGCUCCUCCGAAGCUGGACGAGCAAAUUGGUAUUCUGAACCAAAGGUGGCAGCAUAUGAGAGAACAAGUACAGCAUAACGUCCAGAUACUUCUGGACUACGACAAAGUGUGGAAAGAAUACGACUACAAGAUAGAGUCCCUUAUACAGUGGAUUGAAUACAAGAAAUUCAUGCUCUCCCGCUUCUCGGACGGUUGUGGUCACCUCAUCGGGGUUAACUUCGCUCUAUCCCAACUGGACCAGCUGGAGCAUGGCAUGGUGGACAUGUGUGCGCAGCUGGAGGAUGUGAAGAAACUGGGAGAUGAGUUGCUGGGAAGACAUAACCACGUGACAUCACUGAUUGUUUCCGAGAAUGAGACCAGGCUGCACAAAGCGAAGAAUCAUCUGGUGUCAAAUAUAGCAGCUUUCAGAUCGAAGUUCGAGGAAGCUAAAAGCAACUGGCUCAUCUAUGAGUCCUGUCUGGACCCAGUUGUCCAGGGCUUGGCCGAUGCUAAAUUCACAGUUUCAACCAAUCAUGUUGUCUCUGGCAAUCUGGAAUCGUUCCAAACUCAGUUGCAGCGAUUUGAGGGUUUUGAGCGAGAUCUGGGUUCUUUGCAGAACAAGCUGGCUCAUCUCUCUAAUAUAACGGAUACCAUGUGCCAGAUUUGCGAGGGUUCUGUCUGCGAAGAAUUGAGAGACACGCAACGCCGGUUGUUUGACAGGUGGCGGGAAAACGUGGAUUCGAGUUCGCUCGUGUGCAAAUGGAUGGAGUCAGUAGUCCACAAGUGGCACCUGUUCGAGCAGACAUUCGCCCAAAUUGAGGCAGAAGUGAAGAGAGUGAACAGUGACUACAGGCGCAUAGAGGACGCAGUCGGCACUCACUUCUCGCACAAACCACAUGCUACCAAUGUGAAGUUGAGCCACGAAGACGUGAAAGCACUGAGCCACAGAAUACAUGUUCUGGAAGGGACCCUGAAGUCUCUAGAGAUGGACCAGCUGUACAUUUUGAAAGAUGAACUGAGUAGGGACAGAAUCCACACCGCGACUCUCAGUCAGCUGGACUCCCGCGUGAAGUGUCUCCACGACGACUUCGAUGCUUCUCUGUUCCUAGUCACCCGAAUGAUGGGAAACUUCUUAACUGCGCAAACGAAAUACGAGGACUUUGAAAAGUUCUUGCUGAUGUCCAAAGAGGUUCUAGAGACAGUUAGAAACAACUCACUCCAUCCCACCCGUAGUAUGAACAUAGAGAGGAGCCUCCAUGCUCAGAUGGAGGUCUACAAAGGCGCCCUGAGUGACUUAGCGAGCAGCGAUGAGUUUCUGAGGAAGUGUAAUGUUUUGGGUGCAGAAUUAAGCCUAUCCGAAUUGGAGAAGUCAGAUUUGGACAAACUGAACAUAUCUUGGAAGUCUACAGUAUCGACAUUGGAGUCGAAACUGGAUAAAUCGGAAAAGAAUUGGUUGAACCGAAUUUCGUUUGAAGAUAAGUGCGAGUAUUGGACUACUUUUACGAAAGAAAUCCAAUGGAAACUUCAAAGGAGGUCCAAAUUUAGCUACGAUUCGCUCAAAAUUUACUUCAAUGAGCUGCAGAGCAUAGCGAAUGAGCUUCUCUCUAAACAACAGCUUAUGCAGGCCAUAUUGGUUGAAGGAAGAAGAAUUAUUUCUGAGAGCACGUUUUCUAAUCCAAAUUGCGAAGAAGUCAAAUCCAAGUUAGAAGAUUUCAAAAGGCAGUGGAAGGAAGUAGCAAAUAAAGUGGACCAAGAGAAAACCCACAUAUCAGAGCUGUUGGAGAAGUGGGUCUGUGUGAGGUCUGAGUGGGCUAAAUUGGACCAGUGGCUGAGGGAGAUGGUGGCUGAGAUGUACUCUUUCCAACAGGAUGGAGGAAGAUCAGGAGCUGCAGACACUCACAGUGCCUCGGGAGAGGCCGGUGCAAAGGCACAGCUGCUGCUAAGCAGAUUACAGACACUGGAAUCAACAAUCGAAGCGCGUAGAGAGGAUUCCGAUCAUCUCUCCAAAUUAGUUACAGAGGUGAUGAGCUGUGCAGAUAAGAACUCCUACUACGACCUCCAACGGCAACUGGAAGCCAUGGAGAACAAGUGGGAAGAAUUUGACAUCAAUAUACGAAGGACCAAAUCGAUGGCGCAUCAGACGAUGGCUGAAAUAGAAGACAAACAGCAGAAUCUGAAGAGUAUGCAGGACACUUUGAAGGAGGUGGAGAUGAGUGUUGACCAGUUGAGCAGUGAUGCAGAUAGUAGACUGGAACGAGAAAGUGAUAGUCUGGAUGCACUGGUGCGCACUGAGAAGGUCAAAUUGAAGCGCAUCGAAGAGCUGAAGUUAAUUCUUAAAGAGAGGAUUUCAACUCGUCAUUCAGUGUCCGCAAAAUCAGGUCAUAGCUUUGGAUCAAUACUGGAAGAUCGCGUAUCUAUGACCUCAAAACACUGGAAUUCAUUGACACGCCAGCUCGAGACACUUUUUGAGCGUACUUCAAUCAGGCUCAAAAUUCUAGAAGACGUUAGUCAAAAAUUAACCAAAGUAGAGCGAGGCGUCAACAAUGGAAAAACUUGUCUGAGUUUUACCUGUAAUACUUGCAAAGAUCUUCAAAGUUUGCAUUCCCAGCUAAAAAGAAUCCAGAAAACAAACAUGAUGACCAUGAACGAAGAAUUGGGAGUCAUUCAAAGCGACGUAAAGAAUAUCGGAGUCACGAAGCUUGGAACCUGUAGUUUCUCUCAACUUGAAUUGAAUGCAAUUCAACAGAAUGUCAGACAUAUAUCGAUUGAUGUGCAUGCUUUUGAAAAGGAGGUUCAUGAAAGGGUUGAAAAAAUCCAGACGAUGCUGUCUGCUUCCAAGGAACUGGAGCAGAGUCUGGAUUUUCUGAAGAGAUGGUUCGGUCACGUAGAGACCAAAUUAAACCAGCCCAUUCUGGUACACUCAUUAGAGGAGGAAAAAUUCAACCUAAUCCUCAACCAACACCAGGAGUUACAUCAGGACAUUGUGAAUCACAGUGAAAAUGUUCUCUCAGUGAUGCAGUUAUCUGAGCUACUGGUAGCUGAUGCGGACAUGUUCCCCGGUCUUACGUCACAGCAGACUGGCGUGGAACAUUCUAGAAGGAAUUUAGCAUCAUCUCUGAAUGGGAGUGGCAGCAUGGAUCUGACUAGACUGAAAAACAGUUGCAAGACUGUGAGUAAGCGGUGGGAUAUGAUAACUGCACAGAGCCAGGAUAGAUUAGCGAGAAUCAACAAGGCAUGGGACAACAGUCGGAAGUUCCUGCAGAGUUGUGACAGCUUCAUGCAGUUCAUCGACGAACAGAGCAGUCGUUUGAAUGCACUGGAACAACAAACUCUCGCAGUCCCCUCCACCUUGCAGUCGAUUGGAAAGAGGUCUAGCGUUGAGACAGUCAUCCGCAAGAUAGACGAGCAGAGAACGGACUUCAGAAAGUCUCUAGAUCAGUUGGAGAAUAUCAAUAAGCAAUACAGGGUGUUGUCCGACGAUGUGGUCAUCUUCGAAGUGCCUCCUUGUUCUUCUCUGAACAUGAACACCAACAUGUUCAACGGAAACAGCAGCGGGGAUGGAUUGCGUCACAAGCUGGAGGAAGUAAACAGAUUGUGGAGCGAGGUAGACAAGCAGUUCUACGCAUGUGAAGCGCGACUGAAGAGGGGUCUGAAACAAGGAGAGGAGUUCGCCCAGCUAAAGCAGACUUUGAUGAUCUGGUUGAUGGACCUGGAUAUUAGAGUGACCAAAGUUGACAUGUUCGCAUCCCAAGAUGACCUCAAAGGGCGUAUGCAGCAACUUAAGGAAAUCAAGCGGGACAUCGCAACUCACCAAGGAAGAAUCGAUUACUUAAAUUUGAUUGGACAAAAACUAGCAGACAGUCGGUCAGUAGAAGGUGUUGCAAACAAUGAAAAUGAACUGCAAGUUUCCUUUAUAACCAAUGAGCUGAAUGAAUUCAACAAACUGGCCAAAAGUGUGAACGAUCGAGUUUCACGACUUGAACAGAAACUGGAGCACCAAAAGAGCUUCAGCAGACCUUUACACGAUGAAGUGUACACUAAGAGAGAAAACGCACUUGAAACGUGGAAUACAUCGCGCUUGCCAUUUAAUGUGAACAGACGUUGUUCCCCAAAUGCAUUGAAGUCGCACCUUCUGUUGACGUCAUCGACUAUGGACCUGAAAACAUUUGAUGCCAGUUCCUUAGACAGUCGAGACAAUUUCGCCCGUAAAAGUGCUUCCUUGAGUGCCUUGAACAGACGCCGUCACUACCCGGCCUCUACUGCAACCAACGCUACGUCCGCAACACCGACGGAAGAUAACUUAUCAUAUCUAAACUCGCGCACAACCGACUCACAAGACCCAAUCUCGGGUUUUCAUGAACAUAUGUCAGGAUCGGUAGGAACCAGUUCCCGACAGUCGGAUGUAUCGAGUUUGAGAUUCAGAGGAGCCUAUAGAGAGGAAGGUGACAGAUAUAUGAGGUCUGAUGGAAUCAACGCUAAUGAAAGGCGAAAUUUCUUUGCUCACAGACCAGUCCAAACGAGCGCAGAAAGGAAUAGCGAUGCUUUUAAUCAGAGGCAUAAUCGUCAGUCUUCGUUACAAGAGUCUCAAAAAAGCGACAGAAGCUCGCCGUUGGUGAACAACAAUAGAUCAAACUCGAUGUUGGACCUCGACUGGGAUCAUUACGAAGCACCGCAGCACUCAAGUGACAAUAUUAAUGGCGAGCGGGAAUCUUCAUCCAGUGUAUAUGGCUCAAGUAGGAAUAGAAACAACCAGAUGGGGUCUCCAACUAAAGGUGAAGCUCAAAGGAAUAGCAGAUCGGGUUCUGGAUCUACCUACAUCAAGUAUGCAGACCCGAACAAAAAGCAGUACAGUCCCAAGCAGAAGUUGCUUCUUCAGAAAAUUGAGCCGCGUAUGGGUGACCUUCACGACGCCUUGGUGGAGUGCCGACAGAAACUGGACGGAGCCGAGAAACUGCUGAGAUGUGCCACUCCUACAGGCGAAGCUUGUGAGAGGGAGAAGCAGAACUUCUCAGCCACUAUCGCAGGCAGCAAGGCGUCGGUAGAUGUGGUCAAGUCCAUUUUCAACAAGUUACAAGAGAGUGAAAGAACAGGACUGGAGAAGAGCUCCGAAUUGUGCACAAACGUCGAAGUGUGCGCCAAGCGUUGGGAUGUGAUCAAGUCUCGUGCGGUGGAGAAGCGACGUCGUCUGAAGCACAACUACCAGCUGUGGCACCAGUUCAUCGCAGAUGUCCAGACAUUCCGUGACUGGAUUGUGCAGCACAGUUCUCUUUUCUCAUCGCACUCCACAUUUGGGAGGAAUGGGGGAACUAUGGAAAGACGAGAAUCGGAGUUGUUCGCGACUAACACGGAGUCGAAGAGGUUGAUGAAACGAUUGAUGACUCCGGAAGGGGUCGAGGAAAGAAGAUUAGUCUCGCUGCACCAGCUAGAACAACUCAUCCAGACACAUAGGGAACUGAUGGUUGGUCUUAAUGGCAAAAAGACCACAUUAAUGUCCAUCAACAUGUACAUGGAAAGAUACACUGGAGACGAUUACAAUGAUAGCAAUAAUUUAUUCGGUUCCCUAAGCCACACUUUGAACGAUGAGAUCAACCGAAUGAAUUCACACUUCGAACUACUCUGUUCACAAGCUGUUCAGACUCAGCGAGUACUGCAAAAUUGUCUGGUGGAGAGUCUAGAAGUCAAAAAGACAGUUAACGACAUAGUUAAGUGGCUGGGUCAAGUUGAGGUUGAUUUUGAUAGUGUGCAAGCGAAGAGUGAGGUAUCGCUGACGUCAUCAUUGACUGAUCUGAAGAGCAAUGGACGGGAAAAGGGCAAAAACGACGAAGUCAUUAAAAGAGAAAGAUACUUGGUGUUUAAGCAACUCAAGUCGGAAGUGGACACUUAUCAGCCCAGAGUGAAUGCUUUAAGAGCCACCGCAGACCAACUACUCACCAACCUCUCGUCGCCUCUCUCUUCCUCAGUCGAGUCUCGCUCGGGUUCCCGAAAUUUGGAGUCACGAGACACAUCAUCCUCUUCGGCAUCAAGUGUAGCGACUGAAUUAAAGCAGGACUUGUACCUCCUAUGCAAUAGGAUUCGAACCAUGCAGAGAAAUUUGGACUCGGAGAUAGAUAAGGUUCCACUGCGUGUGAAGAACUCAGUUGUUGACGGAGUGACCCAAUCGCACUUGAAAUCGACUAAACAGCUCCCCGUCUACGACUCAUUCACUGUCUUGAAGAGUACUCCGACACUUGCCGCAGGAGAAACUUCUAACGACAAUGACAACGAUGAGGUCGGCUCAUCAAAGACUAACGACUAUUUCACGCCUAUCGUUAACAACAACUAUGCUCAGAAACUCAGAAACAAUAAAAAUAUAACAAACUACUCGGAUCCAUCGCAUGAACAAUUGAUGAACAGAAAUGAUGAUGUAAUCGGUGACACAUUCAAUGAUGGCCUUGAUAUUUCUACUACAGAAGGCGACACGACAGAUCCUGCCGAGUUCCAGUUUAUAGACGACGAUUUAAUUCCAAUCGAUGAAAAGCAGCCCGACUACUUCACAAAUACGGACUUUGCCUUGUCCUUUAUGAGUCAGUUUGACAGCAAUAACAACAACGCCACCAAAACUUUCUUAGGAGUUCCUGAAGUUAUUUCGAGAAUUUCAUCGAAGUCGAAUUUGACCAAAGAAGGCGACGUGAAUUAUUCCUGCAUGUCAAAUCACGCCAACUCUAAAUCUUGCCAACGAGCUCUCUGGUCACAAAACUUGUUGCACCCUCCAAGCUCUUCCUAUCGCAGAAGUAGGUCGAAUUCCGACCGCAGUGGUGACCGGAGUGAAGCUGAUAGUUUCAGGGUGAAAAAUGCCUACCCGAUUGUCGGGUCCGUUCGUCUUGAGGGCAUCUUGGGCGAACUGUGCCAUGCUGCUUCUUUCUUACCCAUUUCACUCGAUUACACCGCCUGGUUGCGAAAACCGCUGCUUUUUGAUCCCCCUCCUGUCAUCGACUCAGAAAAAGCUAUCAAAGAUUUCUCUAACUCAUCUUGGGCUGCAUCCGAAAACAACAUUCGUUCAAUUUUGGCCGAAAGCUCCACAACAUCACAAAAAGCUAACAGGACUUGCUUUAGAAUCUCAUGUUUUUCAGUUUGCGCUGUUGUAUUUAUAUUUUUAGUUGUAGUUUGUCUUUACUUUUUAGUCACUUCGACUCUUAAAAUUGGAGGUGUUGGACAUUUUAAUCAUGUUUUAAGUUUAAAUGUUGAGCUAACUAGAAAUUACGAGGAUCAUUUACCAGUGUGAUAUGCUAAACACAGAUUUUACAUUGUUUGCUGGUUUGUUGAUGUUUUUUGAACAGGUUGUUAAAAUUUAAAUUUAAAACAGAAUUACAUGGAAGAGCGCUUUUUGUCGGCUACUUGAUGAUUUGGCACAACAUGAUAUAUGAUGAUUCCUAAAAUUAUCCAAACAAUUCGGUUUUCACUAGUUUUACUGAAAGAGUGUGUUGUGCCAGUUCGAUGUUUGAAUCUCAGAAUGGCUUUUGACUAUCCUUAUUUUAAAAUUUAAUUCAGAAAAUCUGCA